AUGCACGGAACUAGGCAGACGCUCACCCAAUUCAACUGCUUCAGUGCGACCGCAUUAUUAUCAGUAAAGCACGUUCAUGCGCUCAAGCUAUACGCAUCAGUUCUGCUGAAUAGAAGGAUGUCCAACACCAGAAACCGAUCGCGCCAGGCAUCGGCAUUAGCACGUCUUCACGCCAGCGUUCACCCCUCGCCUCGCCCAACUUAUGGCCCCAAACGCAUAGACAAUUCGCAUAUCCGCCGCGCGUCUUUUUUAACUCGUUUUCUCGAUCAUUACUUUCCUAGAGCAGUCCGUAUAGAUGUGGCAUGGUACACUCCAACUAUCGGUCGUAAGCUCACCCAAGAUCUCGACUUUUUCAUCGAAGCUACUGCACUUGAAGAGAAGCAUCUCUUGCCCGCUCUGUACGAAUUGAGAGAGAAAAUGUGGGCAGUUGAUGCUUAUCCGUGUUAUGGGCUUUGGUGGUUUGUUUUACCGGGAAUUUCCGGCUUGACAGGGUGGUGGGAAGAAGUGGUGCAGACAAGAGCUCAAAAGGGUGAGGUGGUCUUGGAUAUGGGUUGUGGUAUAGGACAAGAAAUCAGAAGGGUGGCGGCGAUCAACGGAGUGAAGCCCUCCCAAUUAUAUGCCCUUGAUGUCACUCGAGAAAUAUGGAACUUGGGCUUGAGUUUCUUUGGUGACGCCGGUUCUCCACCAGCAGAAUUCAUUCACGCGGACGCUAGAAGCCACCUAUUUGGUAACUCGCUACGACACAAACCCGAACGACUAUACCAGCUGAGUGGUAAAGUUGAUGUCAUACUCAUGGCAAUGUUUCUUGAUUUGUUCCAUUUUCCAGAUCAAAAGGAAGUUCUGAACACGGCUGUUGCCUUGAGCAAAAUAGGGACACAGGUUAUAGGUUAUUCUCGAGGUGCGACUACAACCAAUGCAAAAGAAGGGUAUUGGGACGAGUCCGGCACGAGAAGUAUGGUGCACGAUGAUAUAUCCAUGCUGGUGCUCUGGUGGGACAUUGGAAAACACACCAACACAGUGUGGAAGAUAGAAACUAGAACAGUAGAUAUCGAGGAGUUGGGAUGGGAUCGCCAGGAUGUGAGUUGGAUGGGAGGGCCUCCAGCAAUGGGAAUGUGCUUUUUGGCAACAAGGGAGCGUUGACACUCCUUCAAUUGUUGCAACUACAAUUGCAAUACAACGCUUUAUGUUUUUCUAGUACGCUAUAUAACUCCAUGAUACCCGUCUUGGUCGUCACUUCUACAAAGGGGCUGAACUACUAGGGAGUGCAGAUUCUGUGACAUAUUCGGCAGCAGCUGCUUUCAUCUCAAGUGCUAUCAGACGUCAUAAAUGCUAUAAAAUGCAGUCUCUAUUACAUACGACCAUAGGAUCAUGAAAACAGAUUUUCUUCUUCGAUCAGCCAUUUGGUGCAGUGCCGUUUUCAGGGAGUUGUUGCUAAUUAUACAGUAAUAUGUGUUGCGCAGUCCUGCUUACGGUUUUGUAACACUGCGCACAUCCCCUAACUGCUGGAUUUGCUAAAGCAGCGUUACACGGUAAGAAACCUACACACAAUUCGCUCCAAUCCUCCAUACAUUUUACAGUAUUGCGAUAGCAGGAUACUGUUUCAAGUCAAGGUCCUGUUACAUCGAAGAUUGAUGCAACUGCGAUAUACUUGCAGUUCUUGUACCGGCACUUUCAUAUAUGACUACAUUCCCUUCGGUAU